AAAAAUAAAAAAAAAAAUUGUAAGUUAACAAGUCAAAAUAAGAGAAAAAAGGGAUAGGACUUUAGCCUACUCAAUCUCGAACCAAUGGCAGCUGCAGCGGCAACAUCGUCUUCUAUGGCGGCCACCACCGUUAUGAUACCACGUCUCCCAACCGCACGCUGCUCUGCUGUGCCCUACUUGCCUCCUCCUCGCUUCUCCGCUUGCUCUUUUGGCUCUUCCGUUAAGCAAGUUUCAGCAGAGUCCCGGAGGCGUCCUCUGCUCCACACCAGAGCCUCUUCAGAAGAGACAUCUUCUGUUGAUGCUGGAGAACUCUUCACUGACUUGAAGGAAAAGUGGGAUGCACUUGAAAACAAAUCUACUGUGCUUUUGUAUGGAGGAGGGGCAAUAGUUGCAGUAUGGCUAUCAUCAAUUAUUGUUAGUGCCAUCAACUCUGUUCCUUUGCUGCCAAAGAUUAUGGAGUUGGUGGGGCUCGGAUACACAGGAUGGUUUGUCUAUAGAUACCUUCUCUUCAAGUCAAGCCGAAAAGAACUAGCUUCAGAUAUUGAAACAUUGAAGAAGAAAAUUGCAGGAACUGAGUAGAUUUAAUGCUAUUGUAAUGGUUGAACUUUGAUCUGUAUUGUGAUCAUUCUAUCUUGUUCUUCUGUAAGCGAGACAUCAUCUUCCUCCUGUAAUGCUGAAUGGGACAAAUCUGCAUUUCCUGUAUUUAUCUUUGUAAAAUAAUUUGUCUGAGUUUUAUAUGUAUGGCUUGAGGGGCAAUGCCGUUGUGAUUGUGAC